AUGCUCUCGCACGUCGACCUGCUGGACGCUCGGCUCGGGAUGAAGGAUGCCGCGGCGGAGCUCCUGGGACACAGAGAGGCAUUGAAGUGCAGACUCGGAGUCGGUGGCGGGGUGUCUGAGCCCGGACAUACCGGAGAACUUGGCCCGAGCCCAGAAACCCUAGAAGGCGCGACCCGUCUUCCAGGAGACGAGCUCGGCAACGUUGGAUCCAAUCCUCCGAACGGCAAAGAGCAAGACAAGCAGCAGCAACAACAAAAUCAAAACUCGGCGCAAUCCGUGAGUCAACAAACGCAGAAACAGAAGCGCCACCGGACUCGCUUUACGCCUGCGCAACUCAAUGAGUUAGAGCGCAGCUUCGCCAAAACCCACUACCCUGACAUCUUCAUGCGAGAGGAGCUCGCGCUGCGCAUCGGCCUGACGGAAUCGCGUGUGCAGGUUUGGUUCCAGAAUCGACGCGCCAAGUGGAAGAAGCGCAAGAAGACCACAAACGUGUUCCGCGCGCCCGGCACGUUACUUCCUACUCAUCACGGUUUACCGCAGUUUCCUUCGGCAGCAAUUAACGACAGCAUAUGUUCGUUUCACGCAAACGACACGCGCUGGGCUGCAGCCGGAAUGCCGAGCGUCUCUCAGCUCCAACUUCCGCCGGCGCUCGGCCGCCAGCCUGCAAUGGCGCAGUCACUGUCGCAGUGCAGCUUGGGAGGCGCGAGCCCGGCGGCGCCUGGUUCUAUGGGUCUGUCCAACAUGGCGUCCAACGGCACGGCCCUGCAGUCGCAUCACCUAUAUCAGCCCACGUUUCCGGGCAUGGUGCCCGCGUCACUCGCGGGCCCGACAACCGCGAGUGCCUCCACGCAACUCUGCAACUCGUCAUCGACAGAUAGUGACGUGUGGCGCGGCACGAGCAUCGCGUCAUUGCGCCGCAAAGCGCUCGAGCACACAGUCUCAAUGAGUUUUACUUAA